AUGCACCGCAAGACUCGCUUCGUCUGCGUCUCCGACACCCACGGCUACACGCCUUCCGAGGCGGGCUUCAAGAUGCCCUCAGGCGAUGUCCUGAUCCACGCUGGCGAUCUGACGAAUAAUGGCAGCAUGGCGGAGCUGCGGGAGACGAUGGCGUGGAUUUCCCAAGCCGACUUUGAGAUCAAAAUCGUUGUGGGAGGCAACCACGAUGUCACUCUCGAUCCGGCAUUCUAUGCCCAGCAUGGACGAAGUUUCCAUGGCUCCAACGCUGAAGAUCCACAGCGAUGCAUCGAGCUCAUCACGGGCUCUUCGGUCAUCUUUCUUCAGCAUCAAUCGGCCAUUAUUCGGCUGACUCGACCGGACGGACCACAUACGGUCUUCAAAGUAUUUGGAUCGCCUCAUUCCCAGUUCGAAGGAAAUUGGGCCUUCGGGUAUGAAUCGAGUGAAGCCAGCGCGCUCUGGGACCAGAUCCCACGCGACACGGAUAUCGUGGUGACGCACACGCCGCCCCGGUCUCACUGCGAUGCGAAACUGACUGGGCGACACGUUGGGUGCGAUGCUCUUCGCCAGCGCUUGAGUUGCAUCAGGCCGCCGUUAGUCAUUUGCGGCCAUGUGCAUGAGGGGAGAGGGUACGAGCGAGUGCGAUGGGGAGCAGCAGAUGCGGUCGAGCGUGUGAUUCGGGGCACCUUGCCGCCGCGAGAAAGUAAAAAGCAGAGUCUGGUGGAUUUGACGGGGAAACGGGACGAGCCUCUCGACAGCGACGGGUUUUGGGUCGAGAGUACGAAUCAGGGAAGCUCGGUCGCUGGCAGGUCAUCUGCAGGGAUGGAGCUUGAACGACAGCCACGCCGCAGGGAGACCUGCAUUGUCAACGCGGCCAUCAUGGCAACCAGCUGGCCGCAUCGAGCCGGGAAACAGUUCAACGCCCCCAUCGUGGUCGACCUGGAGCUUCCGGUGUGGCACGACGCAAAUCCCCCGGGUGUCUGA